AUGAGGACAUCACGCGUGUCGCGAGAAACUGCCAAACUAGUCCAGGCAUUAUCGCCUCCAAGGCGACAAACGCGCAGUUCUUUAGCUUCAUCUACCUUGCGCAAUUUCUCAUACUCCGAAAAUCAAGUAGCUCCAGAGCUGAGCGAUGACUCUUCUUCCCUGUCAUCUGCGAACGCAGAAGAUAUUGAAGACUUACUGGAACCUCCUGCUAAAAGACGCAGACAAAAUGAAGACACACCAGCCACUAGUAUCAGCUCAGUCUCCACCAACAAGCGAGUUAAGAAAGAAGUCACUGGUAAAACUGAGGUUCCGGCUACAAAAGCCAAACCUGCCAGCUCAAAACAGCGACGACAACCAGCCAAGAAAAUAAAGCGCGAGGAUGGCUCAGUUGAAAUUCAGCCUCCCUCGAACUGGGAAACCAUGUAUGAUAUCGUGAAGAAAAUGAGAGCAGCAAACCCUACUGCUCCAGUAGAUACCAUGGGUUGCGCAAACCUGCACUGGCGGACGUCGCCGCCCAAGGAACAGCGAUUUCACACUCUUGUUGCGUUGAUGUUGUCGUCUCAGACGAAGGAUACAGUGACCGCCGUCGCUAUGCAGCGGUUACAUACUGAGCUCGGCCAGGAGGGAGAGCAGAAUCAGACAAACGCGUCACCUUCAAAACCCUUGAUCAAGAAGGAAGAAGACGACGACACAGAUGGCAUCAAACUCGGUAGUGCAAAUAAAGACAGCACAUUGACCGUGCAAAAUAUCCUUGCGGUCUCACCGGAGCGACUAAACCAGAUGAUCUGGUCGGUCGGCUUCCACAACAACAAAACGAAAUACAUCAAACAGGUAGCUGAAAUUCUGCGCGACCAGUACGAUUCCGAUAUCCCUACAACACCCGAGGAAUUGAUGAAAUUACCUGGCGUAGGCCCCAAAAUGGCCUAUCUAUGCAUGAGUGCUGCAUGGGGUAAACACGAAGGUAUCGGUGUGGACGUACAUGUCCAUCGCAUCACGAAUAUGUGGGGUUGGCAUGCCACGAAGAACCCGGAAGAGACUCGCAUAGCUUUGCAGUCAUGGCUUCCUAGAGAUAAAUGGCAUGAGAUUAAUAAGUUGUUGGUUGGUCUGGGUCAGACGGCUUGUCUCCCUGUUGGGAGAAAGUGUGGUGAAUGUGACCUUGCGGGGACGGGGUUGUGCAAAAGCGAGAUUAGAGGCAUGGUGGCCAAGACGAAGAAAGAAGUGAAAGAGGAGGCCAAGGUGAAGAUCGAGACUGCAUAG